UGCGCAGAGGAUGUUGCUCGCACACAUACGACUUUGUCAGAAUUUAGCGUCGCUAACGUGCUACUUCCUGAGCUAACUCCCGGUUCACACGCGUGUUUCCAGUUCAGAAGCAGCGGGAACCGUGAAAACUCAGCGUGUUACCAAACUCGCCCAUACCGGAAACCAAGGGGGGCUGAUAUCCAUCCCUCAAUUUCCCAGGGAUCCCUCAGCCUGCCCUGAUGAAGGCCGAGCAGGAUGGAGACAUCCUCGAAGAGGACUCCCCUCAGGAUGAUGGAAUCGAGACGAACCAGUACAGCUCCAUCUCUCCUCCUGCCUCACCUGUGGCCCAGGAAGAGCCCUUCACCACAUACUUUGAAGACAAGGUGCCAAUUCCUGAGAGCGCCAACCAGAUCUUCAGUUUCCGUAAACUCUGGGCCUUCACUGGACCAGGGUUCUUGAUGAGUAUCGCUUACCUGGAUCCAGGGAACAUUGAGUCUGACCUGCAGUCUGGAGCUAAAGCCGGCUUCAAGCUUCUAUGGGUGCUCCUGUUAGCCACCAUUAUCGGGCUGCUGCUGCAGAGGUUAGCUGCACGCCUCGGGGUCGUAACAGGGAUGCACCUGGCUGAAGUCUGCAACCGCCAGUAUCCUACAGUUCCUCGGAUCCUCCUUUGGUUGAUGGUCGAAUUGGCCAUUAUUGGCUCAGACAUGCAGGAGGUCAUCGGCUGUGCCAUCGCUCUCAACCUCCUCUCUGUGGGCAGGAUCCCACUGUGGGGAGGAGUCCUCAUCACCAUCACAGACACAUUUGUCUUCCUCUUUCUUGACAAAUAUGGCCUGAGGAAACUGGAGGCUUUCUUUGGCUUUCUUAUCACUGUAAUGGCUAUUAGCUUUGGUUACGAGUAUGUUGUGGCAGAGCCAGACCAAGGGGAGCUGCUGAAGGGGAUGUUUGUUCCGUACUGUGCCGGCUGUGGGCCUUUGCAGCUAGAGCAGGCUGUGGGAAUUGUAGGAGCCGUCAUUAUGCCGCACAACAUCUACCUGCACUCGGCGCUGGUCAAGUCUCGGGACAUUGACCGCAAGAACAAGAAGGAUGUAAAAGAAGCCAACAAGUAUUAUUUCAUCGAGUCAACGUUCGCUCUGUUCAUCUCUUUUCUCAUCAACGUCUUUGUCGUGGCGGUCUUUGCUGAAGCCUUCUAUGAUAAGACAAAUAACCAAGUGCGUGAACAGUGCAACGCUACCGGCAGUCCUCACACAGAUCUCUUCCCAGCGAACAACGAAACAUUGGAGGUGGACAUCUACAAAGGGGGAGUGGUCCUGGGCUGUGUCUUCGGCCCUGCGGCUCUCUUCAUCUGGGCCAUAGGGAUCCUGGCAGCUGGACAGAGCUCCACUAUGACAGGCACUUACUCUGGGCAGUUUGUCAUGGAGGGUUUCCUGAACCUGCGAUGGUCCCGUUUUGCGCGGGUGCUGCUGACCCGCUCCAUUGCCAUCACGCCAACUCUGCUGGUAGCCAUUUUCCAGGACGUUCAGCAUCUGACAGGCAUGAAUGACUUUCUCAACGUGCUUCAAAGCAUGCAGCUUCCAUUUGCUUUGAUCCCAAUUCUGACUUUCACCAGUCUGACGUCCAUAAUGAACGACUUUGCAAAUGGAAUGGUGUGGAAGAUUUCCGGGGGUAUCGUCACCCUGGUGGUCUGUGCAAUCAACAUGUACUUUGUGGUGGUUUAUGUGACAGCGCUGAACAGCGUGCUCCUCUACGUCCUCGCUUCUCUUUUCUCUGUAGCCUAUCUGUGCUUCGUAUGCUACCUGGUUUGGCACUGUCUGGUUGCUUUGGGGGUUUCCUGCCUGGACUUUAGCAGCAGGGUAAGAAAGCGACCUGCUCUGUUGAUUGAGGAGCAGUCAGAGUGCGACUCCUAGAGCUGGACAGGACAGUAACCACCAGCAUUCCUCUGUCCUAUUGGAGACUCUGAGCCCUGUACACAACGAGGACUUUCCUGAGAUCACAUAGGAUCUUGAAAGCACCUUCUCUGCUAAUGUCACGUGUUUGCUUCUGUGUUGGACUGGGUAUGGAAGUUUGUUGCAUUUUAGAAAAUUUUAUCAAACUUACUAAUACCACACCAGUGCAGUAUGUUAGAUGUGAAUAAUUUAUGCUUGAGUUUACCUCUAAUGAAUAUAUGUGCAUAUUUUGACAAAUCAAUAAUUGUUACAAUCCUCAAAGACAACAACUGUCGCUAACUUUGCUGAAAAGUGUUUAUACAACAGUUUAACUCAAUUUCAAAUUGCUGUAAUUAUCAGUAUCUUUAAAUAACAACUUCUAGACUUUUUCAAAAGUAUAAUGUCCUAGAUGUGAAGAAAUAGCAGCUCAAGUUGUGUUACCAAACGGUCCCUGAGAGGAUACUUUCCCAGCAGUGUUUGUGUUGUCACAUACUUAAGCAGUUGUGAGUUGGAUGCCAGAGUUUUAUAUGGACGAUCGAGUGAUUUUAAGACUCCAGCUAACACAAACACAUCCUACUUUAUGUGAACUAAGAAAGUAGCCCCAAUCUCUGGGACAUACUGCUACAAAAUUGUUAAACAAGCUUAAAGUUCAGCUGCCUAUGAAAGUACCAUAGACUGUAUAUAAAGAUAGACAACAUGAAGGUUUGCCUAGAUGCCAGAUGGCAGUGUUCGAAGCGGGAUGUUUUGGCUUAAUUUGUGGAUAGUGGGAGGAAGUGCAGACUCACCGUCCAUCUUUAUAUCUUUAUGUACAGUCUGUGGGGAGGAAACACAAUAUUACCAUAAUAAAAUGUAGUUUCUACUUUUCAUCCCCCCCAAAAAAACGUUAAAAUAAUGCAGUAUCAAUAUUUUUUUAUAUAACUAAAUCUGAACAGACAUGUAGCAUAUCAUACACACUGUUUGAAAUCAUGUUUGCUGUUGACUUUAUACUGUUACAAACACAGUAUCAGCAAGACUCAUUUCAGCUCUGUUUCUCUGUAAGAGAGACUCAUACAUGACAUUGUCUCUAAUAUUAGCAUCAUCAAGUACUUUGUGAGUACUGUGUGAGCCCUCUUACAUAGUGUCAACCUGCCAGUGUCCUGGUGGGAGGGGGAGGAGCUGCAGCUUCUGCUACGAUUGCCACUCUACCUCAACAUCAUUCAACUACCUUCUCAUCUCUCUAAGCCUCCUUGUAGCUUGUUGUGUAACUCACUGGAUUUUGCAUGACGUAAUUUAAAAAUGCCUAAUAAUUCAAAGAGAACAUAACACUUAAUUUCAGGGGUUUAAUGCUGUGAGCUGAUUACAGUCUAACAUGUCAGACAAGUUUAACUAACAAGUUUCAGUGUCAUGCAGGAGUUGAUUCAAUACAAAAAGUCUGUGAAUUAAAUAUGCCUCCUCAAAUGAGUGAAGCUUUAUGUGACUACAGCCUCCUCCUCAGAGGCUCUUUUUAGUGCCUAAAUAAUCAGGAAGGCAGCAACUCAGGUUGGUCAACACCCUGACGUGAGAUUAUUAGUCAAAUUAAAUUUAUUUAGUAGGAAACUGAUCAUCAAGACAUGUUUUUAACAAUAACAGCAGUUAUUUUGUUUCCUCUACUAAGGUGAGCUAAGGUGUCCAAAGGAAAAUAAACCACUUCAUCCACCACAUUUUUAUCCAACAUAAUAUGUCUUCGGAGAACAUCAGGAUAAAAUAAAUUCUAUAUUUAUAAAGUUAAAAUUCCUGAAAGGAAAACACUGCAGCAUAUUUGUCCUGCUCUGUAAAGAGAAAUGAAAUAACAACUUUUGCCUAAAAAUAAUGUCAAAAUUGUUGUAAUUAUCUUGACGAAGAAUUCUGAACAAGUUCAAAGAAAGCCAAGGCUUGUUAUAUAACCCAUAAUGACAAGUUUGACUGAGUCUUAACUUAGACUCUGAAAACUACUCAUUUUGUGAUUACAAAUAAGAGCGAAUAAAAUUCAAUCAGGACAGAUAGUAGACAAAGAAGAUAACUUCAAAGUAGACACUAUUUAUUGUAAUUCUGAUGCACUGAAUUUAUAAAUUAAGUUUGUUUCGAUUGCUCCAAAGAUUUAUUGAGAUCUAAUAAUUUUUCUAACGUGGUUUUAAGGCAAUGAAUUUGCUUUGCUUGUUCUCCUUUCUCAACAUUGAUUUUUAACAAGUUUGCAAGGCAGCAGAACUUCAGGUCAAAACGUUGGCAUAUCUAAUAAACCAGCACAAGGGAAUAUGAUGAUAUAUGCUUUACUAAAGCACCUGACUGAGCCGUAUCCAAGUGAGGUGUGUGUGUGUGUGUGUGUAUAUAUAUAUAUAUAUAUAUACACACACACAGGACAAAUAUAUGGGUUCAAAUGAAUAGUUACAGUAAAUGAAUCCAAUCUAGCUGAGAUGACUUGGAGACAUUUGUCUUGGUCCAGGUGCAGCUGCAAGUGGCAGAAAUGCAUUAAUACUUUUCUGACAGGAAAAAUGGAAACAACACAGACAAAACACACAUUUCAAUUGUUACAGAGAAAACAUUAGUGUAGUAAACAUCACUUCAUUAUGUCUCACUCAUUUCUGCUCUUGGCAUUGAAGGAAAAAGUGUCUGUUAUUUGCUAUUGAAUGAAAAACACUGUGUCCAAAAUAAAUGGGGAAUGAUGGCUAUAUGGACAAUUGUUGCCGUCGUCUUUCUGGCUGUCAAAAGAAAAACUUGUGAUCUGUAUGUUUCAUAAUUACUGAAUUGUGUCAAUUUCUUGACAACAUGUUAUUGCAAUAAAUAAACUACACAACCUGAUAA